AUGUCUUUUUCAUUAGCUCCUCUAGUUAAAGGGAAGGAAACAAAGGAAAUUAAAAAUGAGUUGACAACAUCUCAAAAGAACCCAGUUUAUCAAUCUGAUCUAUUUAGAUCUCAAAAUUCAAGUUCAAUUAAUAUUAAACAAGAAACUUCCCAAGAUAAUCAAACCGUUCAAUUAUAUAUCCACAAGAUUAAUAAACAAAAAAUCACACCUAUGACAACUGCUGAUCCAUCUAAGCAAUAUUUAAUGCAAAUUUAUUCACAAAUUAUAGAAACGGUUGAUCCUAUAUCAGAAAAAUCUCUUUUUAGCUAUAUGAUAGCACAACCUGAAGCCCUAUGCUUAAAAAAUCAAAAUGCAAAAUUCGAUCAAUUACAAACUUGGCUUGGCAUAUUAUCAAAGAGAUUUAGCGUGGAAAUGACAUACAUUGACAGUCAAGAAGAGGCCAACGCUGGAAGCUUUUUUUUAGGCAAAUACGUUCUUUUUCAUCAAAAAAAUCAAAAUUAUACCUCACCUCAAUUUGAUCAAACAAAGAAAUUCAAAAAUGGUGUUUAUAAGUUAUUAUGGAUAGUUACCGGUCCACCAAUUUCUGAGGACGGAACGCACAGAAAUGAGGGAAGCUCAGUCUAUAUGCUUUCUGAAGACGAAAAACACAGUGAUGAAAUAAUAACAUCAAACGAGUAUUAUUUGUUUUAUGAUUAUGAUCAUGCCGUAAUAUAA